AUGACCACUAUGGAAGAUGACGCAACACGACUCGUUAUACAGCUUGAAGACAAUCUGGGCGAGCUGCGCAACGGAAUCCCUCUCAUUGGUGUCCUUAUGGCUGACAAACUCCCUAACCGAGGUGCAGUCAAGGGGAUUUUGAGGAAAGCCUGGGAGCCGUUUGGGGAGGUUAAAAUCUCGGUGGUGAAGGACAACUUGUUCGCUAUAACAGUGGAAUCGGAAGAUAUGGCUGGGAGGAUAUUGGAGCGAGGCCCCUGGGCUGUUAUGGGGUACGCUUUCAGUACUCACCCUUAG